AUGCUCCGUCCAGUGUAUGUGAGCUUGCAGCGCACCAUCCGGCAUUGCACCGCCAAUGCGGUCUCCAAGAAUGCAGUCGGGUUGUGCUGGAUGAAAGUUCGGUACACGGAGUUCGAGUUGAGCAUCGCGCUUUUCGACUUGGAGUGCGAAGACUGGCCUGGCAAGUGCGACAACGACGGCACGCCAGCGGAGUCGACGUCGGCGGCGUCCUCCACAACUACGACGGGCGAGCCGCCUUCGACGGCAACAAGCUCACACAGCAGCAGAGAUGGCGAUUCUUCGAAACGAUCGCGUAGCAGCUCGCCGAUGCACAGGAAGGAACACUACGAGGAACCAGAAGUUUUCCUCACAGCGGCACCAGAACCGACAUCGCAGCGAUCACCGAUGACCACAGAGGAGAUAACUACCGGCGAUAUUAGCGAAAGUACCACAGGUGGAGGGCAAUCGACGUUUCCACCACCUCCUCCGACGCCCCCCCGCACACCGCCUCCUGCAACUGUGCCACCACCUGUUCCUCCUUCGCAUCCUCCACCUCUACCGCCUCCUCGGACUCCCCGGCCCACACUGCCUCCUGCGACCACGCCACCACCUGUCCCAACUCCGCCUCCUCGAACUCCCCGACCCACACUGCCUCCUGCGACCACGCCACCACCGCUUCCACCUCCGCCUACUCGGACUCCCCGGCCCACACUGCCUCCUGCGACCACGCCACCACCGCUUCCACCUCCGCCUACUCGGACUCCCCGGCCCACACUGCCUCCUGCGACCACGCCACCACCGGUUCCACCUCCGCCACCUCCGCCUACUCGGACUCCCCGGCCCACACUGCCCCCUGCACCCACGCCAACGCCUGUUCCACCUCCGCCUCCACCUCCGCCUCCACCUCCGCCUCCGCCUCCGCCUCCUCCCUCGCCUACUCGGACUCCCCGACCCACACUGCCUCCUUCGACCACGCCACCACCUGUACGUCCGACGCCUCCUCCUACUCCUCCGCCCUCACCACCCCCUACGCCUAUACCACCUCCACCUCCUACGCCCCCUGCGACUACACCGCCUCCUCUCACUGUGCCACCACCUGUUCCUCCUCCGCCUCCUCCGCCACCUGCGCCUACAUCGCCUCCUGUGACUACGCCACCUACUGCGACUACGCCGCCUUCUACUGUGUCAACUACUAAGGCUACAACACCUACCCCUCGUCCUUCUAAUAUUCCCGGACUACAAGAGAUCACUUUCGACGCCUGCGACUACGCCUUCAUCUCAUUCUAUGUGCGCGGCGGCGACACGUUCACUGACGACAGCAACGCAAUCACCAAGGAUUUGAUCAACGCGGCGAGCACGUCGACGAGGACGUCUUUCGCUAUCAGCGUUCCCAACGCGAAUCGCUCUACUGUCAUGACUGAUAUCACCAGCAGUGCUGGCAAAGCCAAGAUCAAGGACUACUGGACGUCAAAGAAAAUCUAUCACUACGCCGUCUUCGACAUCGGCGUCAAGGAAGGCGAGAAGAGCGAGGAAAGAACGAUCAUCGGAGAAGCGUUCAACCUACUGAAGGGACUACAGCGCGCGAUGCUGUACGUCAUCGCUAAGAGCGCUCUACCCGCCACAACAGAGCGUCACACGAUGACGGAACAGCAGGUGAUACGUGGCAGACGCUCACACAUCACCAACUUAGACAACUUCCAGCGAAGACUCCGCAUGGAGUUUUAA